UAGAUCCAAAAUGAUCAAAUUUAAUUUGAACAUCGUUAUGGGCAUAUUGUCGUUAAUUUUUGUGAUAGUUUUUUUUAUAGUGGGCGGCUACUACACGCUCCAGCAUCCGAAGCAGGAACAUUUCAAGUCCUGUUAUGCCGAAGGUGGCGUCUGUCGGGAGGAGGACAACUGCAAGGAUCAGUUCAAGGGUUAUUUUCUCACUUUGUGUGUGCUUAAGCGAAAGAUCUGCUGUCUGUCCAAGAAGCCGCUGGAGACGGAAGUUAAUUAUGAUUGAAAGUGUCCUUUAGUCCUUUAGUAUUGUCAUGUAUCCAAAUCAAAAUUAAAUUCCAGAAAAAGUC